AUGGCAAACACCCAGGUUCCAGAAGUUCUUUGGGCUCAGCGUUCCUCCAGCACCGAGGCCGCCAAAAAUAUUGUCUAUCUCUCGCUUUCUGUUUCCGAUGUCCCUCAAUCGUCAGCGAAGUUAAACCUUACUGCAACGACUGUAUCGUUCAGCGGCCAUUCCUCAACAAAAAACAUAGACUAUAAGGUCGACAUGGAAUUGUAUGGUGAGAUCGAUGUUGAGAACUCGAAAACACACCACUCAGCCCGUGGUGUGGAUAUGAUUCUUCGCAAGAAAGAGCAUAAGGAAGAGUAUUGGCCACGCCUUUUAAAGGAGAGCAAGAAGGUCCAUUUCGUCAAAACAGACUUCGACAAGUGGGUUGAUGAAGAUGAGCAGGAUGAGGCUCCAGAAGAGGAUUUCAGCAUGCCAGGUGGCUUCGGAGGAGAUGGUGGUUUAGGCGGUAUCGAUUUUUCUAAAUUGGGUGGUGGCCAGAAUAUUGCUGAGCUUGCUGGUGAUGCCGCUGCUGGCGAUGAUGGCUCGGAUGAGGACGAUGACAUGCCCGAGUUGGAAGACGAGAAAACGCCUGGACAAGCGUCUGCCACGCCGAAGAUCGAGGAACUGAAAUAA